GGCGGCGGCGGCGCCAUCUUGCGCGGCGCGGAUUGAAUGAGCGCGCCGAGCCCGGGCCGCCGUCGGGAGCCGCGCAGGCCGCGAGCCGCUGCCGCCGCCGCCGCCGCCGCAGCCAUGGCCUCGCCGCUACCCGGUCGCGCGGGCGGGCCCGCCACGCCGCUGUCGCCCACGCGCCUGUCGCGGCUGCAGGAGAAGGAGGAGCUGCGGGAGCUCAACGACCGCCUGGCGCACUACAUCGACCGCGUCCGCGCGCUGGAGCUGGAGAACGACCGGCUGCUGCUCAAGAUCUCCGAGAAGGAGGAGGUGACCACGCGCGAGGUGAGCGGCAUUAAGACGCUGUAUGAAUCGGAGCUGGCCGAUGCCCGCAGGGCCCUGGACGAAACAGCCCGGGAGCGUGCGCGCCUGCAGAUUGAGAUGGGCAAGCUAAGUGCCGAGUUGGAAGAAGUCAGCAAGAGUGCCAAGAAGAGGGAAGGCGAGCUCACAGUGGCCCAGGGCCGCGUGAAGGACCUGGAGUCCCUGUUCCACCGGAGUGAGGUGGAGCUGGCCACAGCCCUGAGCGACAAGCGCAGCCUGGAGGGCGAGGUGGCGGAGCUCCGGGCCCAGCUGGCCAAGGCGGAGGAUGGUCACGCAGUGGCCAAAAAGCAGCUGGAGAAAGAGACGCUGAUGCGCGUGGACCUGGAGAACCGCUGCCAGAGCCUGCAGGAGGAGCUGGACUUCCAGAGGAGCGUGUUCGAGGAGGAGGUGCGGGAGACGCGUCGGCGGCAUGAGCGGCGCCUGGUGGAGGUGGACAGCGGCCGGCAGCAGGAGUACGACCUGCGGAUGGCACAGGCCCUGGAGGAGCUGCGCAGCCAGCACGACGAGCAAGUGCGGCUGUACCGGCUGGAGCUGGAGCACACCUACCAGGCCAAGCUGGACCACGCCAAGCUGAGCUCCGACCAGAAUGACAAGGCGGCCAGCGCUGCCCGCGAGGAGCUGAAGGAGGCCCGCAUGCGGGUCGAGUCCCUCAGCUACCAGCUCUCCGGCCUUCAGAAGCAGGCCAGUGCUGCUGAGGACCGCAUCCGAGAGCUAGAGGAAGCCAUGACUGGGGAGCGGGACAAGUUCCGGAAGAUGCUGGACGCUAAGGAGCAGGAGAUGACGGAGAUGCGGGAUGUGAUGCAGCAGCAGCUGGCUGAGUACCAGGAGCUGCUGGACGUCAAGCUGACCCUGGACAUGGAGAUCAGCGCCUACCGCAAGCUCCUGGAGGGCGAGGAGGAGAGGCUGAAGCUGUCUCCCAGCCCGUCCUCACGGGUGACCAUUUCGCGGGCCACCUCAAGUAGCAGCAGCAGCAGCUUGUCCGCAGCUGGGCGUCCAGGCCGAAGCAAGCGCCGGCGGCUGGAGGUGGAGGAGCCCCCGGGCAGCGGAUCGAGUGGCAUUGGCUCGGGCAGCAGCAGCAGCAGCUUGCACCUGGCCCAGCAGGCCUCGGCCACCGGCAGCAUCACCAUUGAGGAGAUCGACCUGGAGGGCAGGUUCGUGAGACUGAAGAACAACUCGGACAAGGAUCAGUCCCUGGGGAACUGGAGGAUCAAGAGGCAGGUCCUCGAGGGUGACGAGAUCGCCUAUAAGUUUACACCCAAGUACGUCCUGCGGGCUGGCCAGAUGGUCACGGUGUGGGCAGCUGGUGCAGGGGUGGCCCACAGCCCCCCCUCAACACUCGUGUGGAAGAGCCAGAACAGCUGGGGCGCAGGCGAGAGCUUCCGCACCGUGCUGGUCAACGCCGAUGGAGAGGAAGUGGCCGCGAGAGCCGUGAAGCAGUCCUCCGCUGUGCGGGAGAACGAGAAUGGGGAGGAAGAGGAGGAGGAAGCCGAGUUUGGGGAGGAGGAUCUUUUCCAUCAACAGGGGGACCCGCGGACCACCUCGAGGGGCUGCUGCCUGAUGUGACCCCAGCACUCCAUGUCUACACCUUGUUCUUUACCCAGAGCCACUGAAGACUAUUUUUCUAUCAUCGGCUUUUGUUAGUCCUUCAUCUGUUUCUAGCUGAUUUUUAAGCAAACUGCCAGCACAGGGCGGGUCAGUGGCUGCGACCCUCACCCUCGCCACUCCCACCUGGCCGCCUCCCACCACCAGAAGCCUGAAGGCCUAGCGGCUGGGCCUGGGUGCUGUGCAGGGUCGCAUCCCUGCCUCUGCUUCAGUGGUAGACCUCGCCUGGGAAGGGACAGAACGGCCUCUGGGGGCUCACGGUGGACGGAAUAUGAAACGUGUAGGGGUUCUGUAGCUGUAGGGCUUCUUUAGUGCUUUUUAAAAACCAAACUCAGAGUCCAGGUUCUGACCUGGUGAGUUGGGGGAGGGUACUGUCCCAUCAGGAUUUGGUGGCUCCACUUCAGACGCCCAGAAACCAACUGGUCAUGCACCAAGUGGAUUGAAGCAGAGGGGCUGACCAGGUUCCAGGGUGAACUGCUGUAGCCAGGGCUGCAGGGCUGGGUCUGUCCUGAGGGUGGGCCUCCUGGGCCUCAGUCCUAAAGCUUUCCAGUUCCCACCCUGACCCUGGAGGGCUAUCAGAGCAGGAAAGGAGGACACUCCCUAAGAUUUGUCAACACAGUGCACAGUAGGGGACAAGGGGACACUGCUGACCUCAGGAGCAAAGGCCAUGACUUUCAGAACAACUGACUGCAUGAUAACUGAUUCCUGACCCUCGCAGAGGAGGGACUUUGGGGAGGGGUCUGGGUGUGGUGGUAUUGGCUGCCUUUCACCUCCUGUGUACACAUGCACACGUCCAUGCUGGAGCUGCGGCCGUGGCUGGUGAGAUGCCCCUCAGUCAGCAAAUGGAAACGGGCCCCUGUCUUCGUGCUGGCCUCCGCCUGCCCCGCAGCCCUUUCUGCAGCCGGCUUUCUGCUCCCGCAGAGAUACACAGAAGCUAUUUUUUUAAUGGAUAUUUAUUUUUUUACAUUUGUCAGUGCGCAGGUCACCAGGAACCCACUCCAGGGGAUCGAGCCCGGGCCCCAGGACAAGCAGCUCAUCCUCCAAGGGAUGGCAUGGGGACCGGGAGCUGCUCAAUGAGCACCCAGCCCCACGUGGCAGACCUCCCUCAGAAAGGGCAGCUAGAGGCUGAGACUGACGCUGAGCCAUGGACACUCCCUGUCCCCAGAAAGCAGGGCUCAGGCACAACACAGUCCUUCCCCAGUGGGGCCCUGCCCUGCAGUCUGGGCAAGUGUGGUGCUGUUCUGGUCACUGGUUCUGGGUCACUCUCAGGAACAGCCCCAGGCAGGGAAAGCACCAGUGGACACACAGUGCUGCUGCCGCCACCGCCGCUACCUUUGCUCCAGAGCCCGCUAGCUGCCCUGUUUUCAGGAGUCCCCCGCUUCCCAUGUGGUGACCACUUACCACGCAGUUCCUCGCGGAAGGUCAGGCAGGCUAUGCUGCUGUGUCGGCGCGCCUGCGGCCUGCCAUGAUGUGAGCCCCAGCCGCUAGCCUCAAUGCCAGAGCUCCCUGGACGGUGGGGAGCCCUGCUGGUGCCAGCUGCACCCCAGAGUGUGGGCCCGAGGCUGGCCCAACGCCCUGCAGACCAGGCUCAGGGCCCACUCGCGCACCCGACAGACCUGGUGCGGAGGGGCUGCUAGUUGGCCACCCCAGGUGUGCCCUGGGUGGCCGGCCGACAAGGGAGGUCGUCGGGAACCGAGCACUAGGCUGGGAAAGAACGUGCGCUUGUUCCCAGACAGCUCAGCUUCGUGCCGCUUAGCGGGGCAAGGCCCGCGCGCCCGUGCCGCCCCCGUCUCUGCGCUGGACGCCGGGCCGCGCGGACGUCGGAGCUGCUCGCCGGUUGAGAUGCAUGCCAAGUGUGUGGUUUUUGUUUCUUCCCCUCCAGUGAUUUGUAACGUACGUUUUAUGACUGGAAACUUUUGUACAACGCGCCAAUAAACACAGUUUAACCACCGCCUCCCAGUGGGUCCUA